AAGCAAGCACUGUGAAACUGCAGUGAUGAAAUAAUGGCGGGAAAAUAGUCUUACUACAUAACAAGAAGAUCCCUAACCCUAAUUUCAAUCCCAAUUCAAUCGAAAUCGAAGCAGAGAAGAGAAUGGCAGAGCCUGAUGAUCUGCCCAAGACUAUCGUGCGCCGCGUGGUGAAGGAUAAGCUCUCCCGUUGCUCCGAAGACGGUGACAUCUCCAUCCACAAAGACGCUCUUCUCGCAUUCUCUGAAAGCGCCAAAAUCUUCAUCCACUACAUUUCCGCAACGGCUAAUGACAUAUGUAAGGAGUCAAGGAGGCAGAUUAUCAAUGCUGAGGAUGUUUUCAAAGCUCUUGAAGAAACCGAGUUCGCUGAGUUUAUUCGCCCUCUAAGAGCUUCUCUUGAAGAGUUUAGGAAGAAGAAUGCUGGGAAGAAAGCUGCAGCGUCAAAGUACAAAGAAAGUGAGGCAAAAAAGAAAAGGAAGUUGGAAGGCGAGUCAUCCAAUAAAGGUGAGGCAUCUGGUAAAGGUGAGGCUGAGGAUGAGGCAUCCGAUAAGGGCGAUGCUGAGGACGAGGUAUCCGAUAAAGGCGAUUCUGAGGACGAGGCAUCCGAUAAAGGUGAGGCUGAGGACGAGGCAUCCGAUAAGGGCGAGGCUGAGGACAGCGAAAUAAAUGAAAGGGAUGAAGGCUGUAGUAGUGAUGAUUGAGUCAAGGGGUUAUAAUUGAUGUUGUUAUUUGGAUAAUGUGCUUGACUCCUUGUCACUUGGAUGCUGUGGACAUCUCUCAUCAGUAUUGAUAAAUGCAAUACAUAUAGCUUUCAGCCAA